UUUAUCUGUUUCCCUGGUAACAUAACAGCUUAUAUGGCCGUGGUAGCGGUGAACAGAAACUAGAUGGACUGGAUUGGGAUCUUGACGGCAAAUGAGGAUGAGCAAUUACAAAGAGCACGAUACCAAGCAAGCAAGGUAUUUCACUCAGCUGCUAGAUGAUAUGGAAAAAGCCCAACAAGAUGAUAUUAAGCUUUAUACCAGAGGGCACUUGAACCACAAUAAACUUUAUAAGCCUGCCUUGAGUGUCUCCCAGGGAUUCUGGGCCAGUGCCAAGAGAUCCGCACCAGCAGAACCAGGAAGACAGUCUGUGAGAAAAAAAAACGUCGGGAAGAUGAAAGACGUGUUGUGUGACUUCACUCUGAACACAGCUCUGAUUCCAGACGGCCCCAGGGCGACACCCAGCUUCAAGGAAUUGUACACUCACACCAGACUUCCUAAGAUCUUGCCGCAAGCCCAAAUUUCAUUUCCUGUGUCUAGCCUGGAAGCCUAUCGCCGAGAAUUGGACACCUCUGAUCAGUAUUCCAAGACGCAAGAGAUAGACCCUUUGGAACUGAAGGUUCUAAGAUACAAGAUCCCAAAGAACAGUCGUCAGUGUUUAAAUAUGACUAAAGCCAAGGACGAAUAUCGAUUUAUUAGGUCAUACUUGGCCGGGGUGACGAAAAUGGACCAGUUUAAGAGCUUUUUGCAUUUCGAGAAAGACGUUUUGGUAAAGCAGGAUCUUCAGGACAAUGAUUUCACUGGGGCCAAGGCAGCUGAAUGUCACGAAAAGAAGCUGCAGCAGGAACUCCAGAAAAUCCACGACAGUAAUCAGCCAUCCAUCAGGCUGCAGAUCUUUGGGGAUGUAUUUGAGGAUAUCUGCAAUGGCUCCUUUAUAUUUGGUGACAUUCUGAAGGAAGUUAAGAAUGAAUAUGAACUCUACAUGGCCACACUUCUGGAUUCCCAGCCAAUAUCAUUUUAUGAGGAACUGCUGGUCCAGGCAAAGGGGUUGGAAAAAGGACCUGUGGAGCCUUCAGAUUUAGAAGAGGCCAAGCAAGAUGUUAAAAAGCUUGUACAGGAGGUCAAAGCUGCUUUGGAGCGAAAUGAACAGCUGAGAAAUGAAUUGGAGAUAGUACUGAAGAAACCGUCUGAUCACAGAGAGUCAGAUGCCUUGAGCAAGAACCUUGGCCAAAGCGCAGAUAAAGAAAAGCAGCUUACCUUUUCUGAACGGGUCGAAGAGAAGAGGUGUGAGGUGCUCCUGAAAUGGGAGAAAAUCCACGCCCUAAAACAAGAGAUUAAAAGUACCUUGACUCACACUAGGAUCUCAAACAUCACCGAGCAGAGUUUGAAGAGCAUAGAGACUGAAAUAAUGAAAUAUGAGUCGAUCAAUGGCAUUUUAAAGAGAAAAACAAAUGAUCUAGAGAGUAUUAUUACAAACACCUUUAGCAAACAUAAAGUCAGCCAAGAAGAUCAAAAGAAGAUAUGGAAUUUACUAGACACUUCCUUAACUCCUGAAAAUGGAGCGGUGGAACAAUGGCCUUGAUUAGUUGGAGAAAUAGACCUCGAAAUCAUCUGGAGCACCCGGAUUUGCGCUCUUCAAGAUUUUAGCCAUGCAAAUUGAACCCUAAUUUGCCAGUUUCGUGUCGUCUUAAAACCAAACCCUAUAUGAAAAUUCAGCUGGGAACCCUGACAUUUCUGUGUUACGUCUAUUUGCCGAAGCAGGUGUUGUGUAUAUGUUUUCUGCAGAGUCGACUGAACCUUUGAAUCAUGCAUCAAGAUGCAAUAUAACAUGGGACUGA